ACCGUCGUCGCGUCGUCGUGCCCGGUCCGUGGGUCGAGCAAGGCUUCCCGGGUGAAUCGCGCGCGCGCGCGCGCGCGCGUGCCAGGUCGCGCACCAGGACUCUCCAGGCGGACGGGAAGGCGACAACGGCGACGACCCCUCCGGGCGGAGAAGGAAGAAGCGGCGGCGUCGUCGUCGUCCGAGGCGUCGUCGCCGCGCGCGCGGCAUCAGCGACGCUCGGCGGUGCGUCCUCCUUGAGCGUCUCGCCUCGUCGCCGUCGUCCUCUCGACCCCCCGCGCGGAUACCGACGACGACGACGUAGCGCGUGCGGCCUCUCCGGUCGACAGUGCAUGCAGCCAUCGGCCACGACGCUCUCGUGCGGCGCCUCUCGGUGACCUCUUGGAUUUUACCUUGAUACAGCCUUCCUGGCUGGACAAAAUCGACAUGAGUAAGAGCAACGAGAAUGGUAUAACGUUAGCAACGCCGCCGCCGGCGAUCCACGUUGGGCCUAUCGUCACACCGUCCAACGAAACUAUUUCCAUCGUGAUACCGUUAUCAACGCAGCAACUGACCACAAUGGCUAGUCAGAAAGUAGACAAGAGGGAUUGCAAGGAUUGCGGGAAGGAUACGAAACGGCCGGUUCCAGUCGGCAAUCCUAUUCGAAGUCCGAGGAAUGACAGGACGAAGGGCUGUCCUUUUCCCACGUGUCCGCGAUACGGACGAGCGUUCUCCAGAGCGCACGAUUUGAAGCGACACAUAAAUCGGCACAUGUUACGCAAGGAGAAGCAAAUGCAGCAAACCGACCAACCGAAGAUCGACAUCAAAGUCGAAAACACAGGGAGCGAUUCGACUUUACGUAGCGCCCUUCUACGCGGCACAGAGGACAAGGGCGGAUAUUUCUGUCCGCAGUGUAAGAAGAGAUAUAACGAUGAGGACAAGUUCAGGGUUCAUCUGGCCUCGCAUGGCCUCACUAUUAAGAUGCCAAAGAACAAUCACUUGAAGCAGGAAGAUACUAAGAACACGCUGCAUCCGGUGAUCGUGGGCAAGUCCUCGGCAAUGAAAAAUCCUAAUGGUGAUGACGACUUUCUUUUGGAGGAGAUGCUAUUGCUGAAAUCUCCUCACAAGGAUCCUGCAAAAGAUCCCCUGAGGCUCCCAGAUAAGAACGACUCGAAGAUCAGGUGCGACUACUGUUCAAAGACUUUCAAAACCAAGUGGACUCUGAGCUCGCACGUGGCCGCCCACGAAGGCCGUUUCCAGUUCGACUGCGGGCAAUGCGGCAAGAAAUUCGUCAGAAAGAGCCACUACGAGGGUCACGUACGCUCCCACGAGGCCGCCAGGCCGUAUGCAUGCGAGCAGUGUGGUAAAACGUUCAAGGAGAUGAAACAUCGUCGCGAACACAUCAAGAGAAAGCAUCCGAGUAACCAAAGCGCGAUACAGAGCUUGUUAGACAGCAUCGGACCCUGCUCGGCGGAGGAGACGAACAUUCCGGACCAGGCCAAAUUUACUUUGUUAAUGCCGGUAAAUUUUGGCACAUAAAAAUUGAAGAGGCCUUUACCGUCUGGAAAGAAAUUACCCCUUCAUGUUAAACUAAGAGUUUGAAUUAAUACCUCGGAAAUUUUCGAGUCGACGGGAUCCAGAAAAUGUAUAGCAUGCUUGGAAGCGUGCUUGAAAAGAUUGUGUCUCCUCGGAAUUUUGGCUGCUAUAAGAAAUUAAACCUUUGGACGUGUAUUUGAAUUUAUUUACGAAUUUACGUAUUUGAAUUUAUUUAAAAUUUUCGAUUGCUUGGAAUUUAAGAUUUUUGAAAUUGUGGAUCGAUAAUAACAUCUUGUAUGUUUCGAAUUUUGGAUUCUUCGAUUAUUUUGAAUUUUCGGAAUUCUGAAAAAUCUAAUAAAGUGAAACUUAUCUUUACGAUUAUUUCACUUUUGAAUAAAUCAUGUGAUAAAUUAUCUAGUAGAUAAAUAUCUAUACACAGACCAUAUAAUAAAUAUAUGGACAUAGACAUUUAGCUAUUAGAUAAUUUAUCCGGAGAUGAAACAAUCAAUCCUAAGUUUUCACAAUUUCCAGUGUUUUUUAACGGUCUAAAAGUAAUAUAUGUUCGACGAUAAGUUUUUCCAGUUGAGUAACAAACCAGAUCAUAAUUGACUUUUAUAAUUAAUAAAUCAAAAUCAUGUGAACAUUAUGCUCUGAUUAUAUUCAAUUUAUUAUUCUAUACUCUCUCUUUAUAAGAAAAAUAUAAAAGAAUAAAAAUAAACCUUAUAAGCCACUGAA